AUACGUCCCCCCUUUCUCCCACCUUUCUUGUGCUGAAAAAUUGAAAAAGGGUAGUAAAAAGAAAGAAAAGCAAAGAGAAAUCCAAUAGCAACUCUAAAAACAGCAGCUCCACUAGACCGAAAGAAAAUUGUUCCAAUUCGUCAAAAAAAGGAGAUAAAAACGAAGGAGGAUUCCUCGCAUGGGUUUUCUGCCAACCCUUCCCCUCUCUAAGCUUUCCUGGUUUCCUCCCAAAAUACCCCUCUCCCCUCCUUUUCUUCGAUGGUGGCUGCAUGCAGCUGAAGAUGGGUUCUUUUGAGUCUCAUGGCAAUUUGGAGAGAUGGGUUUGAUGAAAGAUUGGGACUUGGUAGUAAAGUUUUUAUCUUUUUUGUUCUGAGUUCAGAAUUUCUUGUGUAAGGAUUUGAGCGUGGGAGGCUUGUAGUUGACUUCAGAAGAGGAGAGCAAAGUUGGAGGAUGCCCACAGUGGAAGAAAAGUUCUGAUUCCUUGAUUUAUCCAUCAAUAAUACAGAAAGAUUGCGCUUAGAUUCCUCAGCCUUUUAGCUGUCAGAAAUGGGAAAGUCUCCAAUUUUUCAGAGAUUUUCUUCUGUGCCUAAUUGGAGCUAUGGUUAAAAUUCUCAGGUCCGAUUUGGUUUAAUAAGUCCAAUUUUGAUAUUUGAAGCCGCUGAAGUAAGAAGUUAAACUUGACAUUCAUUUGAUUAUCAUGGCUAAGAAAUCUCAUAAAAGGUCUACAAGGCCAAAGAAGGACAAUGCAGGAUGUAUGUCAGGUUUUAUUAGCAUGUUUGAUUUCCGUCAAGGUCGUUUUACUCGAAAGUUACUCUCUGAUCGAAAACAUGGGAGUAGUAGACAUGCAGGAACUGUACAUUCAAGGAACAAAUUUGAGGUUCUGAGCAAUUUGGAUGAGAGGAAUGAGAAUGUUAGUGACAUUGAUGCAAAGGAAGUGAGAAAAGAUGAUUCAAUUAAGGCUAGUGUCAAGGCAUUGAUGGCAGAAGAGAUGUCGACAACUUGUAUAUCAAAGGAGAUUUCUGAUUCUAGCAUCGAAGAAAUACGAACUAAGUUGGAUUUUGGGGAUGAUCAUGAGAACAAACACAAGAGAAAACAUAGUCAAAAUUAUAAGGUAGAACACAGUGCUAAUGACUCGAGAGCUUCUGAGAGCUCCUCUUUUGAUGUGAACCUAGCCGAAUUAAUGGUAGAGCUCUGCAGAGAAAAGCAUAUCGAAAGCAAUGGCGAUAUCGAGCCUGAUUCUAAGCUUACUCAAAAGCACUAUAUCCUUCAAAAGGCUCUUAGUGAUAUAACGGAGUCCUUUUUAACUCGGGAUUCUGUCAAUUCGAAACAAAUUAGUUGUCAUGGGGAUGACCAAUCAAAAGAGUUCAUGAAUGCCCUUGAAAUGCUGAAUUCAAACAAGGAUAUUUUCCUAAAGCUUCUUCAGGAUCCAAAUUCACUUCUCUUCAAGCAUUUUCUAGACAUUCAGAAUGCAAAGGCUUCUGAAAUUUUACAUGAAAUCAAUCCUGCAGAGUCUAUAAAUUCCCAGCAGCCACACAAGCAAACUAAACAUCAUUUUUUCAGGAAAAGGGAUAAAACAGAAAGAGGAAAGCCGUCAAAUGAGAACAACUCUCAAGAUUUAAAGCGGAUAGUUGUUUUGAAGCCAGGACCAGUGAAUUAUGAAGGCUAUUCAAGCACAAUUAACCCAAUCUCUUCACCAAGAUCACUUCACAAUACGUCUCAUUUUUCUUUCAAAGAAAUCAAAAGGAGGUUGAGAAAUGUGAUUGGUGAUAGCAAAAAGGAGAGGAAUUUGAUUGCCAUGGACGGUAUUCUACAUAAAGUUCCAUAUGGGUCUCAGAAUUCUAAUGUGAACAAUAAAAGCUCAAAACUUUCUUCAUUUCUAAAUGGAGGAGAUAAUGAUGCCAAAUUAAAACAACACAAGCUAACUGGUGCUCAUCCAUUGCAUAGAGAAUCUGUCUUUUAUGAGGAGGCAAAGAAGCGCCUCGCUGAGAUGUUAAGUGCUGAUGCUCAUAAUGAAAUUUCAUCUCCAAGGGCCUCAAAGUCAUUGGGCAGGAUACUGUCUCUACCAGGAUACAGUUCAUUCUCUCCUAGAUUUAGCCCUGGAAGAGAAAAAGAGCUUAGUUCACCAGCCCAAAUGAGAUCAUCGCCAUUGCAGAAGAUUAAACAGGAUGAUUCUAGUGAGAAUUCUCCACGCAUUGAUAGGAAUCCAGAUGAUCAACCUCAGGUGACGAACUCAAUCUCAAUUGUCGCUGAAGUCCAAAUGCAUAUCGAAGAAGACUUGGUCCAAAAAGGAAGCACCAAAACUGACAAGAGUGAAGGUUUAGAUAUACAGUUGGAAUUAAGUACCGAUGAAUUUGAUUGCAAUAGUGAAGAUUGCAACAAGGAAGAAGGGUCUCUUCUGAUUUCUGACUUGGGGCCAUCCGAGGAGGCAAUGCCACUAACUCCCUGUAUCUCGGUGUCACCUAACUCAAUACCUUUAGAUAAGUUUGAAGUGCCUGAAAGCAAUGCAGAGAACCUAGAUCGUCCUAGUCCUGUAUCUGUUCUUGAUCCAUUCUUUUCUGAAGAUAUCAACAGCCCUGAGCAAAUAGAAACUAAUCACGAAUUGACAGCAGAACCUCGGAGGCUUUAUUUUGAAGAAAAUGUCAAUUCUCAGCUAAUUCUUACGUCAACAAAGCAAACAAAAUUGAUGUAUGUAAGAACUGUGUUGGAUGCGUCAGGUCUGAACUGCGAUAAACUUCAAGAGAGAUGGCAAUUAUCCGAUCAAUUACUGGACCCAUUUGUAUUUGAUGAAGUAGAAAUCUCAUAUGGGCAAGUGAUCGAUGAUUCAAAGCUUCUCUUUGAUUGCAUCAACGAAGUUCUCGUUGAGAUGAGAGACAGAUAUUUGAGUUGUAGCCCAUGGAUUUUCAUCAUAAAACCUAAUAUUAGACCUGCUCCAAUAGGAGAAAAGUUUAUACAAGAAGUAUGUAAUCUUGUCGACCGGCAUCUUGAGAGAGUAUCUCCCUACACAUUGGACUGUGUAGUGAGGAAAGAUUUGGAAGUUGAAACUUGGAUGAAUGUUGGGCUUGAAUCUGAAGCUGCCGUUUUUGAAAUUGAAGAAGUGAUCCUAAACUAUAUAAUGGAGGAAACUAUACUUGAGCUAUGGGAUUGAUCAUGAAACUCAUAGUUGAAAUAAGGAGAAAAUGCAGAUAGAGGUCUCCCUUGAAGUAAAUAGAAAUGAGUUUUUUUCCCUCCCUUUCUUUCUUUUUUUCUCUUUUACUCUUUUUUCGGUUUUUGCUGUUUGUUGAAUGAGAUACUAAAGAGUGCAGCGGUGUGUUCUAAUUCCUGGGGUUUGCUGAUCAUUGUGGAAGUAAUAUGAGGUUGAAUUUACCUAUAAACUGAAAUAACAUCAUUGUGUAGAUAA